GCGCUCCGGCGAGCCAACGCCUGUGCAUUUGACUGUCGUGCAGGUGAGACUGCAGCCUAAUUCGCCGUCACGACCGCCCGGCUGCCCGAUGGCCAAGCUCUGACAUUCCAAAUGCAGCGUGCCUGUGCGGCGGCCCAGGUGUGCCUUUGCGAGCGCGUCAGGGGCGUCGCGGCUGAUGCUGCGUUGGCCGUGGCGCGCUCUGUCGCGUUUGCGCACGUUCUCCGCACGCUAACCGCUCGCGUCCGUCUGCGCCCGCACGAUGACGGCCGCCAAGGCGGCUUUGAGCCGCAGAUCUGCCACAAUACCGCUCCGGAACCGCCGGCUGGUGGGGCUCCGAGUUGCUGCCGCUGCGCAAAGAGACGAGAAGGAUGCGUAGCGGCCCUGAGCAUCGCUCCGUCGCACGUGGUGCCUCUUCGCUGUCCUAUCACGCCUCACGCCGAUCGUCAACCUUUGGCAGCACACAGGCAGCACGUGCGAUCAGACCCGGCAAACUCUUCUGGCUGCUGCACCUCGAUCUCACACACGUGGGGUCCUGACAUUGGCGGCGUUCCUGACGCUUGAGACGCGAGGGACAAGAAGUGUGGCGAGCGACGCAAUGGAUUCCCUCUGCUCCACUGCAUCCCGGCUUCAGCGUCGGCGCAAUGCUUCUGUCCACAGAGACCGGCGAAGUUGGAGAGAGAAGUGUCAGCAAGUG